AUAUUUGUUUCCCAUUUGUCUCUUUCACGAUCAGAAUCAGCAAACGCAUACAAAGCUUGCCUAGUCAAAGUUCAAACAUAUCUGCCACCCACUAAUACGUCUCUUAAUUUCUUCCCUCUAACGAGCCCCCAUCUUUCUAUCUGUUUCUCAAAGACUUGAACUUGUUUCAGUUCAUGGAGAGACCACAGUCAGAGCAUGGAGGAAGGAGGAGGAGACUGACAAGAAGCAGAGAAAUAGUGCAGAUUCAGUGUUCCCCCAGGCCCAUGUUACCGGUACCACCCAUGAUGAGGCCAACACCCAAUCAGGCGAAGCUAGCUGCAAUUGCCGUUGAAUUAAACAUACGGCUGAGAUCGGCCGAUAUGCCAGGUGCCAUGCAGGAGCGGGCGUUUCGGUGCACCAGAGCAGUCCUUGACGCAAAUCUCGAGAAGGAGCCCAAUCCUACUCAUGUUGCCAUGUGUCUCAAGAAGGAGUUUGAUGCGGUGUAUGGGCCGGCAUGGCACUGCGUUGUGGGUCAGAGUUUUGGAUCAUUCGUUACUCACUCGAGUGGUGGAUUUGUGUAUUUCUCCGUGGACAAGCUCUCUUUUCUUCUCUUCAAGACAGAGGUCCGACCAGUUAGGAGUUCUCUUCCUCCUCCUCCUCCUCCUCUUCUGUUGAAGCUUAAUAUUAAUGCUUAGCUUGAAGUUUAUACAAAUGUAAUGUGUAUUUGAUUUACAUCUGAUAUGGGAACUAAUUUGCAUUGGCAUGGAAAA